UUACAGUUUUACUCUACACUAGCAUAUCUCAGACCUCUUUCUCUCUCUCUUCUUCUAGUCGCAUAGCUCUGCCAUUUCUGUCACUCUAAGAUUUUACAUCUCUGAAGGUGGCGGCAUGGCUUCCGAUAAUUUCAACGACAAAAACGCUGUAUUUCGGAAGCUGCGUGCAAAAUCCGAAAACAAGAUGUGUUUUGAUUGCAAUGCGAAGAAUUCGACAUGGGCGUCGGUGACGUAUGGCAUCUUCCUGUGCAUCGACUGUUCGUCCGUGCAUCGGAACCUCGGUGUUCACGUCAGCUUUGUCAGGUCAACGGAUUUAGAUUCAUGGACUCCAGAACAAUUAAAGAUGAUGUACUUUGGUGGAAACAACCGUGCUCAAGUUUUUUUCAAGCAGCAUGGAUGGACGGAUGGAGGCAAGAUUGAGGCCAAGUAUACCUCUAGAGCUGCUGACUUGUACAGGCAGUUACUCUCCAAAGAAGUUGCUAAAAGCAUGGCAGAAGAUGCAGGUUUGCCAUCGUCACCAGUUGCCUCUAAGGAUGUACCAUCUACUAAUGAAUGUUCUGAUUCUAAGAGUAGUGAAACACCAAAAGAAAGUUCUUCAGUUAAAGAUGAGACUGGUGAAGUUUCUGCUUCACCUAAACCUUCUCGUCCUGUUGUGCACACAUCUUUUAAGAGGCCUGCAGUUGUGAAAAAAACUGGUAAGCCAGGUGGCCUUGGUGCUCGAAAGCUCAUGACCAAGCCAAGUGAGAGUCUUUAUGACCAGAAACCUGAAGAAACGCCUGUUCAAGUCUCCCCCAUCUCUGCAAGUGAUACCCCAAUAGCGGGUUCAUCAUUUACUUCGAGAUUUGAAUACACAGAAAAUGUCCAGCCUGAUGAGAAGAACUCUGAUGGUACUCGUGUUUUGAACCAUGUGGCCCCUCCAAAGUCAACCAAUUUUUUUGCUGAAUAUGGGAUGGACAGUGGCUUCCCAAAGAAAAGUUCAAGUUCAUCCAGUGUACAAGUUGAGGAAACUGAUGAAGCGAGGAAGAAGUUUUCAAAUGCAAAAUCCAUUUCGUCAGCCCAAUUUUUUGGUGACCAAAACAAAAUCGGUGAUGUGGAAUCUUCAGUUACCCUGCAAAAGUUUUCGGGUUCAAGUGCAAUCUCUAGUGCGGAUCUCUUUGGUCAUGACACAAGCCGAUCAUCCACAGAUGUGAGUGCUAGCGACCUCAUUAAUCGGCUCUCUUUCCAGGCUCAACAGGAUAUCUCCAACAUCAGGAAUAUCGCCGGAGAAACGGGAAAGAAACUUGGCUCCUUGGCAUCCAGUUUGAUGUCAGAUCUUCAGGACAGAAUCCUAUGAUUACAGAAGUAUAUUGUAUAAAAAUAGAGCCAUAGUUUACAUGCUUUAUAUGUAGAUAUAGCGAAGAGCUUUUUGAAUACUUUCUUCAGAUGAAAAAUAUUUCGAAACUUGCAGGAGGAUUAUUUUAUUUUAUUUUUUUCUGUUGUCUU